GAGAUGUCGCGCCUCGCGGACUACAGCAAAUUUGAUAAUCUGGACGACAGCGACGACGACGCGCCGGCACCCGCACCGCCACAACAGAAGCUCGACCCCCAAGGCAUCCCCGAGGCGCGCGUACACACGGCGACGAUGACGAAUGAAGUCAAGGGCGGCAACGUCGCGCGCACGCGCGAGGCCGCCGGGCCCGACGGCCACGUCAUGGACGCCAAGGGCGGCGUCCGGUCGGUGGGCUCGCUGACGCCCAAGGGCAGCGAGGUCGGCCGCUACCAGUUCAAGCACGAAGGUCGAUUGAUUUAUGAAUGGGACCAGAGCUUGGAGAUGUCAACAUCUAUGUGAAGCCGCCUCCUGGAGUAACGCCGGACAUGAUCGACUGCAAGCUGACGCCGUCGCAUUUACGACUUGGGUUAAGGGGCAACCCGCCGUUCCUGGACGAGCCGACGGGCGGGCCCAUCGUCGCCAAAGAGUCGCACUUCUACAUGGUCGACGGCGAGAUCACGGUGGCCAUGUCGAAAAUGAGAAAAGGAGAAACGUGGGGCACGGCCUUAGGUGGAAGGGGCCAGGUCGACCCCUUCACGCGCCAGGAGAUCCAGCGCGAGCUCAUGAUCGAAAGGUUUCAGGAGGAGCAUCCCGGCUUCGACUUUAGGUCUGCCGAAUUCAACGGGCAAGUCCCGACCCGCGCGCGUUCAUGGGGGGGGUCAAGUACACCUAGUUAG